GCCAAUUCCAGAGACACACAGGGACCUCAGAACAAAGAUAAGGCAUCGCUGACACCACACCAGGGACGAGCUCACAGACAAGUCAGGCCAGGGCGACCCAGGCCAGGCAGCCAGGAGCACCCAAGGCAGGAAAAUGAGGCGGCUCCUUCUCUGCCAUGCUCUGUGCUGCUUCUUGCUGAAGGCUGAAGCCCACACUGUGGAGCUCAAUGAUAUGUUUGGCCAGAUCCAGUCACCCGGCUAUCCAGACUCCUAUCCGAGUGAUUCGGAAGUGACGUGGAAUAUCACAGUCCCAGAGGGAUUUCGGAUCAAGCUUUACUUCAUGCACUUCAACUUGGAAUCCUCCUACCUUUGCGAAUAUGAUUAUGUGAAGGUAGAAACUGAAUACCAGGUGCUGGCAACAUUCUGUGGCCAGGAGACCACAGACACAGAACAGACCCCUGGCCAAGAAGUGGUCCUCUCCCCUGGCUCCUUCAUGUCCAUCACUUUCCGGUCAGAUUUCUCCAAUGAGGAGCGAUUCACUGGCUUUGAUGCUCACUACAUGGCUGUGGAUGUGGAUGAGUGUACGGAGCGCGAGGACGAGGAGCUGUCCUGUGACCACUACUGCCACAACUACAUCGGUGGCUACUACUGCUCCUGCCGCUUUGGCUACAUCCUCCACACAGACAACAGGACCUGCAGAGUGGAGUGCAGUGACAACCUCUUUACCCAGAGGACCGGCGUGAUCACCAGCCCCGACUUCCCCAACCCCUACCCUAAGAGCUCCGAGUGCUUCUACACCAUCCAGCUGGAGGAGGGCUUCAUGGUCAGCCUGCAAUUCGAGGACGUUUUCGACAUUGAGGACCAUCCUGAGGUGACCUGCCCCUACGACUACAUCAAGAUUAAAGCUGGGCCGAAAGUUUGGGGGCCCUUCUGUGGAGAGAAAGCCCCAGAACAAAUCAAUACCCAGAGCCACAGUGUCCAGAUCAUGUUCCGCAGCGACAACUCUGGCGAGAACCAGGGCUGGAGGCUGUCAUACGGAGCGACAGGGAAUGAGUGCCCAGAGCUCCAGCCUCCCAUUCAUGGGAAAAUCGAGCCCUCACAAGCCAAGUAUUCCUUCAAGGACCAGGUGCUCAUCAGCUGUGAUACAGGCUACAAAGUGCUGAAGGAUGACGUAGAGAUGGACACAUUCCAGAUCGAGUGUCUCAAAGAUGGGACAUGGAGUAACAAGAUCCCUACGUGUAAAAUUGCAGACUGUGGAGCCCCAGCAGAGCUGGAACAUGGGCUGGUUACCUUUCCUACCAGGAACAAACUUACCACAUACAAAUCUGAGAUCAGAUACUCCUGCCAGCAGCCCUACUACAAGAUGCUCCACAAUACCACAGGUGUAUAUACCUGUUCCGCCCAAGGAGUCUGGAUGAAUGAAGUACUGGGGAGAAGCCGACCCACCUGCCUGCCAGUGUGUGGGAUCCCCAAGUUCUCCCGGAAGCUGAUUGCCAGGAUCAUCAACGGACGCCCAGCCCAGAGGGGAACCACUCCUUGGAUUGCCAUGCUGUCACAUCCGAAUCGGUUGCCCUUCUGUGGGGGCUCCCUUGUAGGUUCCAACUGGGUUGUGACUGCGGCUCACUGCCUCCACCAGUCGCUGGAUUCAGAGGAGUCAAGCCUACACGACUCAGACCUGCUCAGCCCUUCUGACUUCCAAAUCACCGUGGGCAAGCACUGGAGGGUCCGGUCAGAUGAGAAUGAACAGCAACUCAGUGUCAAACACAUCUUCCUCCAUCCCCAGUAUGAUCCCAACACAUUUGAGAAUGACUUGGCUCUAGUGGAGCUGGCAGAGAGCCCAGUGCUGAAUGACUUCGUGAUGCCCAUCUGUCUGCCUGAGGGGCCCUUGCAUGAAGGAGCCGUGGUCAUCGUCAGUGGUUGGGGGAAGCAGUUCUUUCAAAGGUUCCCAGAGACUCUGAUGGAGAUCGAAAUCCCAAUUGUUGACCAUGACAUCUGCCAGAAGGCGUAUGCUCCACUGAAGAAGAAAGUAACCAGGGACAUGAUCUGUGCUGGGGAGAAGGAAGGGGGGAAGGAUGCCUGUUCAGGUGACUCUGGAGGCCCUAUGGUGACCCUGGAUAUAGAGAAAGGCCAGUGGUACCUGGUGGGCACUGUGUCCUGGGGGGAGGACUGCGGAAAGAAGGACCGCUAUGGAGUGUAUUCCUACAUCUACCACAACAAGGACUGGAUCCUGAGGGUCACCGGGAUGAGGAAUUGAAUUCAGUUUCUCAACCCCGGCACCACCUGUCCAUGGUCAGUCAGCAGCAGAGGAUAAUUAUCUGAUGGAAGAUGCCCCUCGCCCUUCAGCCACCCACCUCAUUCAGCCCAACCAUUACUGGCCCAUAAAGGGGGUGUCUCAGCCCCCUUUUCACUCACUUUAAAGAAGCAGAGUAGCUGAGUGAUCAGAACACAUGGCCAAAUCUAGGCUCACUUACUUACUAUCACUUACUAGCUUUGCAACACUGGGCAGGUGACUUCACCUCUCUGAACCUCAGUUUCUUUGUCCAUAUUAUGGAAAUGGCAUACCUUACCUACCUCCUAAAAGUCUGAUGAGGAGCCCAUUAAUUAAUAUAUUCAGAGCACUUAGCACAGUGUGGGCAUAAAAUAAGUGCUCAAUAAAUGUGACUUAGCAGAAGGUCAGUGUGUCUACCAAGCAGAAGAAGUUGUCUUACAAUUCCCAGCUGGGUCUUAGGGCUGAUUAGUGUACACCCUUCCCCCCAGCCUUGACCUUCUCCCUCAUCUGCCCCCAAAUGCUCUAUGCUUUUUGCUACCGUGCACCUUUCUGAACCCAAAUCCCUGCCCCCAUAAAAAAGUAAAAGAAGGUUCUUAGUCCUAUAGCACGUCCCAUACAAACACACAUAUGAACAUGAGCUAGACACCAAAUUGUGAGAAUGCCUGAGAGACUCAGGCCAGGGAGGGAGGUUGGGAAUGGCGGAUUGGGAAGUUAGACACCAAGUUCUAGAACUAGCUCUGCCCCCAGCUCCCUGUGUGACUCUAGGCACAAGUUCCUUCCUCUCACCCCAAAGUACCCUCCCAGCUCUGACAAUCUAAGAUCCAAUGAAGCCAUUUUCUCCUGGUGAGAUGAGUUAAAGCCAAAGUAACCAAAAUGCCAAAGUGACCUUAGGCUUCAGUAGACCUUUGAUGCAGACCAAAUACUGCUGCUGCUGCUGCCACACCCACUCCAUCCACCACACCCAGGUUCCUAAGGACAAGGCUCAAAGUGCUAGCCAAGGGAACUUUCCUUAUUCCCACCUGGAGCAUCUGCUCGAGGCCAGGGCCUCCUUCCCUUCCUGAGAACCUCAGCUGCACAAGGUCAGCCUUGGUAGGCUAGACCCAACCUCUGCCCUCCCCUCCCUAUGUCCACAGCUGACCCCAAGCAGCCGUUCCCCUGAUUCCUUGCCCUGGACACCCAACCCUGCAAGGUCAUAAGUGUUUCCCAAGCAGAAUGCCUCUCCCUCCAAGAGCCACCUCCUCUCUCAGGAAGCUUCCAAAGACCUCAUGCCCCCUGAAUUCUGAGAUUAAGCCCUUUGAGGGAUCAGAAGCCCCAGGUCCCUGUCUUCUAUUCUAUAAAAACUGGUCUUCAUGGGAUAUUUCAGUUCUCAACUUGCACUGCAGCUGCUGGAGUCAUUCGGGGCCUCUUGCUGAAAGAAGAUGCUGAGGAAUGAGAACUUACGGACAUUAAGCCCUUAGUCUGAACACUCAGGAAAAGCAAUUCACAGCCUUCUUCUGGUUCUAUGAGCAAGUCAGUCUACCUCUCUGUGUCCUGCUGUUUAUUCUACAAAGGGAGGAUGGCAAUGUGUCCCAACUCCAGCAGAUAUUUGUCAAGCAAGCUGGAGCUCUAUUUCAGAUACUGAAAAAGCAUUGCGAUGCAAAGUUUUGGAAUUGUCCUAGGGCAUUCCAAAACACCAUACUUUCCUGUUUCACUGCCUGGGUGCCCCCAUGUACCUGGCUGUGCUGACUGCUAUGGAGACUACUGAGACGAAGACUGAGAUUCAUCCCUUCCAGGAGCUCCUAGAGGGAGAAGUGACACAUACACAAGUGACUACCCUGUAACAGAAUGAACCCCGCCAAGUACUAUGUUUUGGAGCAGUGUGGAGGCAGAAGAAUGGCCAUUCUGGUAUGGAGGCAUUGAAGGAGGGGACAUCAGGAAACUGUCCCACAGGAGACAGUGUUGGAGCUGAACCUUGAGGAGGGUGGGCAUUUCCACAGGUGAGACAGAGGGAGGCCUUCCAGGUGGAAGCAGAAUAAGAGUAAAUGUCCACUUAGGCUUUUCUCAGAUUAUGUGACCUCUCACAAAAAUGUCAUGUCCAGUAGACCAGUUUUCUGAUUCUGGGAUCACAGCUGUACAUUUAGAAAAGCAUUUCUCGUUAAAGUGAAACAACUAUAGGACUCAAAACAGCCUUAGGAUUUGUGUACAAAUAUUGAUUUCUGGCUGGAGCAGUUUAUCCUGUGUAUUUCCCCCACUGCAACUUCAUCUUUACCCUGUGGAAAUGUCUAGAUGUGCCAUGAGACUUCAGCUUACCCUUGAUCUACAAGCACUUGUUAGAUAUACCAGCCCCUGCACUGCUGCUAAGGUCCAAGAAGCCCAAAUCUCUCACAGUCAUAAAAGCAGAGGGUUGGAGUGUCUGUUAGGACCAUCUUGUCCAACACCAUGACCUCAUUCUUGAACGUUUCUAGAGAUAGAAAACUCACUACCUCCAAAUGCAGCCCAUUCCAACUUCAAAAUGUGCCGCAUCUUAAGUUCUCUCUUCUAUGCAACUCAAAUCCACCUCCUAGAAUAUAGUUUGUAUAUCUAAAGCUGUGAUUCCAGACCAUGAAUGUCAUUAUUAGCAAUAAUGAUCAUGCCUGAUUUCAUUAGCAACAGAAGCUGUUGUUCUUGUGGGUAACUAUGAAUUUGUUCCAAUAAACAUCUGCAUUGAGUCAAAGCA